AUGCAGAAGGUUGUGACAUCCUUAGCCCAAAGGGUUCCUAAUCUUGAGACUUGGGAAAAGACGCUUCGGGAUUCAGUCGUCAAAUAUACUGCAGAUGCUCUGAAGAACAUGGAGCAGAAGAGGACCAAUGACACAUUUAAAUAUUUGGAUCGAAUGGAUGAGAUGUUGAAAAUGGUGAAGGAAAUUCAACAGUCGUAUGAUGACCUCAGCAACACCAUGGGCCGCCAACAUGGAGAUGAGAUUGUCCGUUUAAGUGAGCAGCUCUGUGACUAUCGCAACAAAAAUAUAAUUCUUCAGGCUGUUUUGGUUAAAGUAAUACAGUCUGCACAACAACUGCUAAGACCCUGCAAUGUAAGAUUUGAUGAAGUUCUCUUCGCCAUGCAGAAAGUUCAAAAUUCUGUGGAUGUACUUCCAAAGACUCUAUGCAAUGAUGAGCUAAGUAAACAGGUUCCACAGUCGUUUCAAAAAGUGUUUGACCUGAUAGAGAACUUAAAAGGUUCAAAAUCCGUGGAUGAAGCUGGAGAAGAUGAAAAUGUGGUGAUAACUGAAACUUCUCCUUCUCCCAAGAUAGAUGUGGUAUCCAAACCUCAACCACCUCCUCCACCUACAAAGACCACAAUUCCUCCCACUGAAUGUGAGAUUCAUGAAUCACCAAAGAUUCCAUCUCCUCCCACUUCAUUUGUCAUGCCUCCUGUCCAAAUCGCGCCAGAGUUCCCUGAAACCCCCAAAGCUCCCAUCAAUGAUAAAGGCAAAAUGCCUUUGGACAUUUCUGAAAUGAGUCCGAUGAAAACCUUUCCAGUGUGUGAGAAAGAGGUGAAGGAACACGCUUUAUCUCCUUUGGUCUAUGUUAUCAGACAGUUAAGGGUUGAUGAACUUGUGCCCAAACAAACUACAGCUCCUCCUGCCUCCGAUGAAUAUCAGUGGGAUAUACCCAUGUCUCCAAAUGCACGAUAUUAUUCAGUCUUCCAACCACUACAUCCACACCUCUCAAGUGAAAUGCAAAUCCCAAUUGAGCUGAACCGACUAGAGGAGUUUUUCAAGGCUCAUGCUCAGCCCCCAAAAGAUGUAUGGUCUCUCCGGAGGAUCAUACGAGUCUUGGGAUAUAAGAAGAAGUCUUUUAAGAAGGAAGAGUACUUUGGUUUUGAAGUGGUGCGAAGCGAUAACAUAAAAUAUUUCUUCUCUGAAGCUGAUUUUCCUAACCUUAAUCCCAACGACUUAUAUGUGAUUGGCAGAUACUUCCAGAACAAACUCCUCACUCAUGAACCUUCCCGAUUUCCCUUUCUCCAAAUCCAGAGAUUUCUAAGAUCUUUGGUCUCUGAUCUUAGCAGCAUUGAUGCAGAACGAUUUGAUAGCUUUGUGGAUAACCCACCUGAAGAGAUGAACCAAGAUCUGGAAGGAAUUGAAAACAGACAUCGAGGACCUACUGAGGAUCCUGAACUUGGGAUCAUCUUCUCUAAUGAAAAGGAUAGUCCGAGGCUCUUUUUUAGAUUAAAACAGAAGCAUCGCUGCACAACAGAGUUCCUUGAAAAGAUGAUCAAUCUUACCUUAAGGUCCAAUGCAUCUGCAGCUAUAAAGGUGAAGAUCAUUGAAGAACUAGAGUGGUGGGUAGCGGUUCGUAAGUGGAUCAAGAGAAUAUAUGUAUCUUCUCGGCUGAGAUUGGAAGGCAUUCGACCUCAGAUCAUGAGUGGGAAGUAUACAGAUCAAGGAUUUGGAGUAACAACUGAAGGUGUUUCUAAAUCUGGACACCAAAGAGUUGAUUUCUUAUACAAGCAGCAGUUGGUGUGACUGUGGUGGUAUUCAAGAUUGGUGAUACUGCUGUGCUGGAACAGUUGAUAAACAUUAUUAUUACAAUAAUGCAAAUUUUACAGCCCUGGAUUCUUCUGGAACAAUCGAUAAACAAUAUGUAACUCUUAAUACCAAUGGAAGGAAGGGAGGGGAGCCAAAAGUGGUGGUGAAAUGGAGUCUGCACAAGCUAAAAAUCAAGCACUCAGACUCAGAUGCGAUGAUGGAGCUGUGGUCCCCACUUCAUUUGAAACCUCUGGAUCAAAGGAAACAACAUAUGAGAAAUUGGUGAUAAUAUGUCACAUAUCCUACGUGGCAAUUUAAAUUUAAUUUUGAUGAAUCGUGUCUUUAUGUUAUGUGGCAUCCUACAUGGCUGGCAACUUGGAGUUGAACAAAAACUAAAACUUCACAGACCAAGAAUUCAUCUUCAACAUCACUAGAGUCUAGAGGUGCAUAAUGAUGUAUGUGUUUGAGCUCACUCAACCAAACCAGUUAGUUACUAUUUUCUUUUCUUGCAAGUGGAGGUCGCUGUUAUGACUUACAAUAUGGCAUCAAAGUGGCCCACUUAUCUCAUCGAUUCUCAUUAGUUAUUGCCAUUUGGCUGUUUUCAUGGGGAUCAAGGAAUAUAAACAGUCACGAAGUUAUAAUUUAGAAUCAAUAAAAAGUAUUUCGUCAAUCUUAACCA